AUGAUAUCCCCCUUCCUCUCCAGGCAGUCGGGGCAGCGCCUCAUGUACUUUCCCGUAUCAUCAGCCCUCUCGGCGGCGACGGGCGAGUCGCGGGGGAUUUCCCAGGUUUUUGGGCCGGGUAUUUUGAACGAUUCGUCUUCGUCCUGGGAGGGGGAGGUAAGGAUUGGGUCAGGGCUGCGGGGGUGGGUGGGGGGUGCUCGCUGUCGGGAUACCCGCUGUCGGGAUACCCGCGGUCGAGGUGUCCGGGGCGUUCGGGGUGUUGAGGGUGCUGAGGGUGCUGAGGGUGCUGAGGGUGCUGAGGGUGCUGGUGGUGCUGGUGGUGCUGGUGGUGCUGGUGGUGCUGAGGGUGCUAAGGGUGUUGAGGGUGCUGGGGGUGCUGGGGGUGCUGGGGGCGUUGAGGGUGCUGGGGGCGUUGAGGGCGCUGGGGGCGUUGAGGGUGCUGGGGUUUUGGCGAUGAGGUCAGUCCCAGUUCUGAGGGGUACGGUAUUUUCAGGGAUUUUCCUUCUAACAGCGGGGGAAGGAGGGGGGGAGGAUUUGUCGUUCGGGGGUUUGGCGCAGCUGCAUAUGAGGCACUUAACACACUUGAGCAUUGCCGAGCAGGUGUUGUGGCGAUAUUAGUAUUUGUUAAAACGGAGGAGUAG